CAUGAGCAGAUCAUCCCUCCAAGGCGGAAGUGAGGAGCAGCCGCGCGGAGGUGGGGGCCACCGCGCUUGCUGUGGAGUGGGCGAACCGUGGACAUGGCGCCCCCCCGGAACCUCGUAGUUCCCGUGGCAAUGCUGCUGCUGUUGCUUUGGGGGGCUCCCGGGACCCACGGGCGGCGGAGCGACGUGCGCAUCGUCACGGACGAGAACUGGAAAGAGUUGCUGGAAGGAGAGUGGAUGAUAGAAUUUUACGCUCCAUGGUGUCCUGCUUGUCAGAAUCUUCAACCAGAAUGGGAAAGUUUUGCCGAAUGGGGUGAAGAUCUUGAGGUUAAUGUUGCAAAAGUAGAUGUUACAGAGCAGCCAGGGCUGAGUGGACGAUUUAUCAUAACUGCUCUUCCUACUAUUUAUCAUUGUAAAGAUGGUGAAUUUAGGCGUUAUCAGGGCCCAAGGACUAAGAAGGACUUCAUAAACUUUGUAAGUGAAAAAGAAUGGAAGAGUAUUGAACCUGUUUCAUCAUGGUUUGGUCCACGUUCUGUUCUAAUGAGUAGUAUGUCAGCACUCUUUCAGCUAUCUAUGUGGAUCAGGACUUGCCAUAACUAUUUUAUUGAAGACGUUGGAUUACCGGUAUGGGGAUCAUAUACAGUUUUUGCUUUAGCAACUCUGCUUUCAGGACUAUUCUUAGGACUCUGUAUGAUAUUUGUGGCAGAUGUCCUUUGUCCUUCAAAAAGGCGCAGACCACAGCCAUACCCUUUUAAAAAAUUAUUACCAGAAUCUUCUCAACCUUUGAAAAAAGUGGAGGAAGAUCAAGAGGCUGACGAAGAAGAUGUUUCAGAAGAGGAAGCUGAAAGGAAAGAAGGAACAAACAAAGACUUUCCACAGAAUGCCGUAAGACAGCGUUCUGUGGGUCCUUUGGCCACAGAUAAAUCCUAGUUAAGUGUUGUAAAUAUCUUAAUAUGAUUGACAAAAACAGAAGAUGGGUAAUUUCUUUUGGUUUGAAGUGAACUGUGACUUGAACAUUGCAGGAUCCAGUGUCGAUUAGCAUUAGAUGGAACAGCCAAUCUUCAGAAAAGAAGAAUAGCAGUAUGUAAAAAGCUUGAAAUGUGAUUUAACAACAUUAUGGUGGUUUUAAACAGUUCUUUAAUUUUUGAAAAAUCUGGUGCCAACCAAUAACAUUUGUGUAUGUUUGUUUAAUAAUAACCUUUUCAAGUCUGAGUUGAAAAAUUACACUUCCCAAGGACAGCAUUAUUUAAGGAGAUUAGAGAAAAAGAUUUCUCAUUUGAUAAAAUUUUUCUCAGUUUCACUGUGUGAAGAAAAGAACAUAUUUCCCAUAAAUGGGAACUUUGCCCAUUGUCUCAAGAAAUGUAUUUAACUAACAACUCUGGUCCUUUUAGAAAUGUAGUCCAAAAUUUUCUUGUAGUUUUAGAUUAUGCAACUAAUAAAAACUACCUUCUUUUAAUUAGAGUUUUCUACACAUGAUAAUACAGGAUAAGCUACUGAUUUGGGAAGUUUUUAUAAGUCCAUGAUGUUGUCUAGAUUCCUGUAAAGGUUGGUUGCCUUUUUUGUUCCUAUGUUCAGUGUAUGAUUUGUAUUUUUCUUACUUACCAUGGGUUACAUUUUUAAUUUUCCAAGUUGUCUAAUAUCCUAGAAAUGUUUUUUAUGUUUUAAUAUGUAGUAUUUUUUUGUGGUUGUUUCAAACUGAAGUUUACUGAGGGUUCCUUAAAAUUGAAGAGAUGUCUACCUAUUGAAAACCUGGCCACUCAUUUUAGAUUUUACAUCAUUCUUGUUGGACAUAUACUUGGAUUAUUUUUUAUUUUUUGGAUGUGAAGGUGAAUAUUCCUGAUUUUUAUUUGAUUUGGAAGAAGUCUUGGUGUUUUACAUUUUGAAAUUCACAGAAGCUUCAUCUGAUAUGAUAUAAAGUUAGUAUUCUACUCAGGAAAAAACAUCUUUUAUAGUGUAUGUUUUCAGUGUACCUUUGUCUUCAUGUACAGAAAGUUCUUAAUUGAUUUUACAAAGUCAGUGUAUACUUGAUGUAUUAAAAUCAUAACAUUUAUGUUUUUGAGAAGACAGACUUCGCAUCCUCCUAUACUUUCUAUUGUGUGGUAUUUCACAGGUGGGAAUCAUAGGAAUGGGGCAUUUAAUAUGUAAGGAUAUUUAAUAACUCCUUAAAGAGUUAGAACACAGUUUUUAUUUUAUAGCAAAAGUGGGGUGGGUGUGGGGUAGCAAUAGAGAACUGUAUUAGCUACAAGGAGAAAAACCAUAAACCACCUAUCCAUUAUGUAAUAGAUGAUUUCUGUAAUGUCCCAUUUUGUCUAGAUUCUCCUGCUGUAUGAAUUCAUUAGAUUUACAGUUUCAUAAUGUAUAACAGUUUUCUUUGAAUGUCUCUCUUUUAGAAUAUUAAAUAUUCUACCAUUGAAGAGUUUGGAUGUGUAGUAAUUUUGUGAUGCUUUAGAAAAAUAUUCUGAGAACAAAAUAAACUCAGCACUUCACUAAAGCUGAA